UGUUAUUAUUUUCUCUCAGCUUCUAUUUCCUUAUUCUUCUUCGAUAGCUUACACUUUCCCUAUCUAGAUUACUGUUUCUCUGAUUAACAUUCCAUAGCUUCAGAACUGUGAAAACAAUAUGGCUCAGAAAGUUGUGGUGAGGAUCAUGACUAUGGAUGACGAGAAGACAAAGCAGAAAGCCAUAGAGGCCGUUGCCGACCUAUACGGGGUUGACUCAAUUGCAGCUGAUUUGAAGGAGCAGAAGCUUACGGUCGUUGGAGAGAUGGACACUAUUGCAAUAGCCAAAAAGCUGAAGAAAAUAGGCAAAAUAGAUAUAGAAUCGGUUGGUCCAGCCCAAGAAGAGAAGAAGGAGGAGAAAAAAGAAGUGGAGGGAAAGAAAUGAUCAUGGCGUUUAUUUGAUGGAGAUGGCCCUUAUGUAUACAUGUACUAUUUGAAAUCAAUAAUGCUUCCGACCUCAUUGUUAACAGUAUACCAUUGUAUAUAAAACGCAUCCAUAUUAAAGGGUGUAUCAGUAAUGAAUAUGUGCUAAAUAUAGCGUUACUCGUUUGAAAUUAAUGAAACAAA